UGGAAAGCGUAGCCAAUGCCCGUCGGCAAGUGGCCGUGAUGACGAGGAGGAGAGUGCCUCGUCUUUCUCCUCAAGUGCGCGUUGUUUUGUAUGCUUUUUUUCUUUUCAUCGCCAGCUUGCGUGCGUGCGUUCGCGGCUAGCGCCGUGGUGGUUUGUGUGCUACCGCUGCAGCCGUCGCGAGUGCUCGCUGGUCGCCCAGCCGUCCACCGUCUCUCCGACGUCGUGAGUCGCUUACGGCGAGCGUGGUACCCCGAGCUUCGCCUGACGAACGAGAUGCGUAGCGCCAUCGGCUGAAGCGCAGCUAGCGCUCGACGUCGCGUCAGUGGUGUGCCUGGAUCAUCGUCGAGCCAGCCAUAGAGCGACGACUGCGAGCACGCCAGCGGAGCAGGCAAACAUGCCGACCCUACGGGACAAACUGGCCGAUUUCCUGCGGCAGUUGUCGACGGGCACGGAGCGGGCGGGCGCCGAUCCCAAAGCGGAGUUGCCGUCGCCUACCUCGGCGACGGCCACAUUCAUGCAGCGUUAUCUGAACGGGGAAGGGCUACCAAAGCAACCGGAGAUUGUGCACUCCAAGUCAUGCUACGACCUGCCCAACCGAGACAUCGCACCACUUUCAAAACGCAUUCUGGCAGCCUACACGGGCCCAUCGGGUGGUCUCACACGUGUCAACCGGGGUCCGCUCCGUGCCCUCACGGUCACCGACCAGGUUGACUUUAUCGACGAUGAUUCUCUCUGUGGCAGUAACGAGAAUCUUGCCUCUAGGUACCUCGAUAGGAGUGGGAGCACACCCAAGGCCAAGCCUUCCGCCAGCCUCUCGUCAAACAGCGAAGGCCCUCGAGUUGCAGACACAGCUUGCGUAACCGGUGAAGAGGCUGAGACGGCCUCCGAGGAAAUCGCCGGUAUCUGCAAUUGGAACCAGCCAGCGGAGUUUGCUUACGGAAUCGCCACGACACUUUACGAGUGUCACCCCAUCACCAAAGAAAAUGCGGGGGAGCCAAUUGCAGAUGCAUUUGCAAUCUGCGUUCGGGAGAACAGUGCCAUCAUGGCACUGGCCGAUGGUGUCAACUGGGGAGACAAGUCCUGCCUGGCGGCACGCUGUGCAGUGCACGGCUGCAUGGACUAUCUCAAUCGGGCACUGUAUCGCGAGGGCGGCACCAUUGAAACAACACAGGAGGUGUUUGUCGUCCUGCUGCGCUCGUUCCAAGCUGCGCACAGCUUGAUUCUGCAGGAGCAAGGCAUGCUAACGACACUGUGCGCUGCAGGUGGCUGUCCACUGCAGGGCUCGGACCAGUACGUCGUGUGCACAUGCAACGUUGGUGAUAGCCUCGCGUACGUCUAUAGUCAACAGCAUGGUGUCCGUGAAAUCACUUUAGGAUCUCAUGACAUCCACUCGAUGCGAGACAUGCGCGACGCCCUAGGUGCGCUGGGUCCUGUUGACGGACAGAACCCCGAGCUCAACAACUUAACCGUGUCCAUGACGGUAGUCCAGCCAGGUGACAUUGUCUUUCUCACCUCGGACGGCAUCUCGGACAACUUCGACCCCGUCGUCGGCAAGUUUGCCAUUGCCAAGCGGAUUCGUAAGGACGGCACCAACACGCAGCAGCCGCUUCCUCCUUUGCCUGAAGUCGAAGCACACCAGAGGCACGCACUGACCCUGCUGCGAAUGCAGGACCUUCUCCAACAAGGCCUCUACCAAGGAGACGGAGCAUGCAGCUCCGCCGAAGACCUCUGUGAGCGAAUGGUAGACUUUGCCACCAAGUUGACGGCAGCCAAGCGACGCAUUCUGGAGGAUCCCGAGCUCUAUGCAGCCGGCGCCGUGCCGGGCGAAGACGCUCGAAGGCGGCGCCACCGUGCCGGACCCCGGCUUACCAUGGUGCCUGGAAAGCUAGACCACGCCUCGCUUGUUGCCUACCAGGUCGGGACAGGCAGCCGCUCUAAUGCUCACUGCCAUCACCAGCGAGGCGGCAGAGAUGUGUACGACGGUCAGCAAGACCGUGCAAACAGAAACAUCCCGUCCACUCCCGGGGAUACGGAGGACGACUAUCCCGACAACCUCCCUUACGAGACGACUAUCUGAGCUGUGGUCUGUUACGAGGGCGAUACGUGAGCGCCGGCUGUGAGAGAUGGCCCUCUACAUCCGUACAUAUUUGGCCGGACAUUGUGAAUUUGCUUGUGCUCCCUUAUUCCAACGUUUGCUGGGAUUUCGUGAUCUGGAAUUACUCAUUCAUAUCGAGGAGGGUGGUGAUAGGAUGCAGACAACCCUCCACUAAAGACGGUCUCAGUUGUCAAACAGUAGACGUGUUGUGCCGGAUGUUGUCAUGAAAUGGCGGCCCUUUUUUCAUUGAUGUUAGACCGGCGUAUUGCUCUUACUGUGCAAAGCAUAGCGGGCAUUGUCUGGCAUCGAUAACCUCCGUUUCUUUAAGAACUUGACCAGGAGGAUCGUGCGAGCCAAUAAGGUUUUCUUCACUUCUACAAAGCCAGUAGUGACUAUCCAGACAGUUUUUUUUUUUUUGUAAAAGACAGCCAUCUGAUCUUUCUUCUGUGUGUGGCUCAUGACAGUAGCUGACCUCAAGCCAUCACCUUUCACUCCUCUGACAUAAGUGGGCUAAACAUUAGUCACAAGUUCACACGGGGCUUUUAUUUCUAACUUCCCGUCCUGUCACCAUCCAGCACACUUGCUGUUUUUGUCGUCUUGAGUAGCACCAAAAAUGCAGUCGCUUGGGCUUCGAAAUUCAUUUUUGAUCGCCAGGGUGCUCUAGCAUUGAGACAGUAUGUACAAUAUACUAGCAUCUUAUUACUCUUUGAGUAGAUGUGCUCCUAUCUCGGUGUUAGUUAUUCAUUACAGGACAUCUCUAACAAGUAGUACACUGCAGAAGGAACAGUUGAGAUCUUUCGACAAUCUAGAUAAAGACUGUAGCUGCUUCGAGAGUAGUUGUGAAUGUUUCCACUCUUUUCUGGUACACUGGCAUGUAUCUCGCAUCUUAGUAUAUUUCGCAAGGAGGAACCGAGGUUACUGUGCUUUUUGAAUUCACUGAGGUUGUUGUCUGCAUUUUCAGGAUUUCUGUAGUCUCUUGAAUAUUAGCUAGCCAAAUGUGUUAGUUUGCUCAGCUUGUAGACGGAGCACAUUGUUAGCUCAUUGAUAAUAUUCAACCAACGCUCAAAGGUCUCCGCAAGACUUGUGCUUUUCGAUGCCAUCACGCAGCUUUCAUUAAGGCAUUUGUGCUAUGCAAAAAAGGUCAUUUUGUAUGCUCUAAGUUGUGCAUCCUUAUUUUGUGUGUUUGUGAAAGCCGGCAUGCUUACAUCACAACUAUUCAUGUAACGCCUCAAAGUUCAUGAGUUGGAAGAAUUAUUUUGAUGAGGAUGUGUAAUUGUACCUGCAGUGACUCGUAGACUGCUUUGUGUUAUAGAACCAGUAAACAUUCUCGUACUUUUUUUUUAGCAUCUAUCAAACAAGCUCAGCAACUCAUAUGGACAUUGGUGGCGAUAACAUUUUAUGAGUAACACAGGUGCAGUGCCCCUCGCAGACAUCUUAUUUUGAAAAACAAUUCAGGUGCACCUUCUCCAGAACCUGUCCAAUCCUCAUCUAAUGCAAAGUGACGUAAACUUGCCCGUCGGCAGCUUUUUGCAGCAUCAACUUUGUCCUGUACUACGAAAUGGCGCCUUCUCCCAGCAGUGAUGUGGUUCAGGCCAUGUAUUUGCUGCAUUUCUUCAGCGCGCCGCUCUGACACGAGCAACACAAAGUAAGCCUUGCUUGAUCAUUGAACGUGUGCCGAUGCCGUAAUCGAUGACGUCAUGUCAUAUUUUGCUGCCAAAUUUGUCAGUCACGACAGAAGAAUGCGCCUACCCCUCUUGGCUGCCAAGAUAGAUGGGAAGGCUGAGCAGGAAACCAAAACUAACUGAAGCUGGUUGUUCCAUACCAUGUAACUUCGUUAUUACAGCACUUAUCCUUGAAAUUCUUGCAUCGGCUUGUUCACAUUGUACAGUUUCACAGAUAUCGCUUCAUCACACAUUUCGGACCACAGGUUGAUUUGCUGGGUCUUUUAAGCUUAUGUGGAGUACUUCCUUUCACUAAAGUACUAGUUGCUUUCACCUGUCUUCUUUAGUGGAGUGCAUUGUAAAACUCCAGGCUUCUGAAACUCUGACAAAAAAAAAAAAAGGUGUGAAUAGGCUUCAUGUUCUUUCAUGUUCGUAGUUAAUUGUAGGCUUCUGAGACUAUCUGCAGUGAAGUUUUGCAGUAACAUAGAAUGCCACUAAUCGGUAACAUAUAACACCGCUAAUCGUAAUACAGUUUUCAGCUGAUACGUUUUGUGCUAAAGAAACACUGCAUUAUUUGAUGGCAGAAGGUACAAAAGGUUGAAGUGGCUCUUUCCAGCUGACUGCUUCGAAUGUGCCAUGGUCAUGCGUGGGUGUGUGUUAGAGAAAUGUGCCAACAGUUGUGCAUGAGAGAGUGAGGAUUCCCGCUGAAAGACGCACGUCCGCACCAUUGAAUAUAUGGCAUCACCCAUACACUGUUAAAAGUCUUGUGCAACCUUGUAUUUGUUCACGAGUGUUUUGCAAGAAUAGCUGCAUGGCUCAUUUCUGUUGUCUUCAUAGAUGAAAAAGUGCAAGUUGAAAAUUGUGGAUCGAUAACGUGAAAGAUAUAAGGGGCUAUUAGUAAGAUAGCGUACGCCUACCCAACUGCUGGUUGGCUCUAUUUUUGGGGAAGCAUGCAGUGUAAACAGCUCACGCAAUCGAGGUGUAAAACAAUACGUCCAGUACUUCUGUGGCCUCAUUUCAGAAGGUAGCCUGUCUUGACUUAAGCAGUGUUAUGCCAGAAGAUGAUCCCACAAUUCAGACUCUCAUUGAUGUAGUACAUUGAACAGUGAGACCCGUCCACGUGUAACCAGGCAAUGUCACAGUGAAAAAAAUAGGUCGAAAGGACUUUGUACUGUGAGGUAACUUGUAUCGUGCUUGACUGGCUUUUGCCACUGCUGUUUUAACUCACUGGGGCAGCUAGAACGAUGAAUGGUAGUUGCACUUUCCACUGGGGCUCUAUCGCAGGUGCCGUUAUUGACCAUUAGCGCCAAUGGUGUCCGUUGUAGAAGUGCUGCCACCAAAGGCAAUAAUUUUGCGACUCCAUCUCGUGGUGUGUUCUCUGCACUGCGUAAAGAAGUAGACUCCAUCGAUGGGGACGCUUCAUUGCUUUCUUGUGAUGCGUGAUCGACCAAGUGAAGUAACAUCGCCAUGGCCCAUCUAUUUGGUGGCAGCAGCGGGCAUCGCAAAAGUUUGAAGGCGGGUAAGGCUCUAUUUCUUGUUGCUAUAGUAGUCAGCGCUUUAUGGGAAGUCCGUUAUGAUUGAAAUGCGAAUGGAAAUGGGUUAGCGGUGGACGCAGAAGGCACUUGUUCCUCGCGUUUUGACUACUGGUCAGAUGCAUCGAGGUAGACUUGUGUCCAUCUGUCAUUAAACUCUGAACUCCUCAGAAGCACUGGUUGCUGUAGCAAUGCGAGAUUGACCUUUGUGAAAGUUGUGUCAUAGUUCCAAUAGACAGGUACUGUCAUCACCGGACCUUUGCUACAAUAUCUGGUCAAUCGUGCAUCGCAAGUCUUCUUACUCAAAGAAUAUGUACUUUGGUUUCAAGUUUUCUCCUGAGCACUCGUGACCUUGGCACCCACGCUAUGCAUGUUACCAGUACUGAAUUGCUGCGAUACUGGAGGUGCAAAUGGGAAUAGUUAUGGGUGCAGUAACUUCUUAUGGUGUUGCCAUCCAUUAAAAAUUUAGGAAUAGCGUGUGAUGCUGCACAGCAGUGGCAAAAUAAGUUGGGGAAAGCCAGGGGGUUCAUGCAGUUUUCGCCGUUAGCAUGACAUAGUUCAAUGUGCAGCUUUGGCUGAAAGAAGUGAUGGUAUGCAACUAGCACUGCAUCUGAUAAUGCUGCUAACUGUAAUAUGUUUCUGUCGGUUUAAAAACUUGUGUAGUAUGAACGUACUCUAAUGAGAUGUGUCUCCUUCGCAAUGUUUCUUUCUCUGGGUACUAUGUGGCAUUUUCACUUGUCGCUUUACCUUGGCUUUUUUUUUUUUCUUUAGUGUGCGCAUGUGUGUGGUCUGUCCAUGACUGAACACGUUGCUGCAUAUGCAGCCUAAUUAGACCUGAUCGAGCACUGCUAGGUCUCGCUUUCAUUCCCUUGCAUCUUCGUGCACGAGCCACUGUGUUUCCUGAGGUGUCGCUGAUCUUUAGUCUUCCUGCAGGCACGUCCAUAGGGUGACAACUGCUUGCUCAUGCGUGGGCAUGUGUGCUUGCAUGUAUGUGUGGAAAUUAUUGUGUUUUUGUUUACAUUAUUUUAGCACCAGUUGCAUAGCUUUGUACAUACCUAGGCAUAUGUUUAUGGAUGAAUGGUGUAAUUUCACCUCGUGGUACUCUAUAUUUUUUUAGGCUGUCGUGUUCGACUUUGUCUUUUAAAUGUAAACACUUUUAUUGAUGUCCUGCAAUUCUUACUAUUUGUUAAUACUCUACACACUCGUUUCUAUAAAAAACUAUUUGUUUAAAUGACCAACAAAAAGCUAACCUUUCUCUAACCUUAUGGAAAAGGUAAGAUAAUGUUGUGAACUAUUCCAGUCAGUCAGCAUGUGUGUCUGAUUUUUUUUAAAUGCACUAGCAACCCUGUAGCUUGCUAGAAGGUGAGACUAAAGGGCUUUCUGUACAUUUUGAUUCACAGAUGCAGUCUUUUGAGAGUAACUGACCUACUGCUAACAUUUAUAGAUCCUUGUUCAGGGGCGGAAGCGCUGCGCCGAUUGUGCCGCUCUGCGCUAAUCUUACCUGCUGCGCCAGGCUGCGCAUAAAUGAGAGUUUUCAUGAUAAAAUUAGAUUCGAAGUGUGAAAAACACGAAAUAUAGCUGAUUAUUAUCGUUGACCGAGCAACACUGAGCAUUGGCUACAGUAAGGAAGCGGCCACAUCUGUACCAAGUGAAGUUUGAACAGGUUGUGAUUCGGUUAAUUCGUGGGACUUUCGUUGCUUUUAUCACCGGGGGUUCUCCGGAAAAUCAGCGGCACCAACAUGAGUAACUGUUAAUUAUCUAGUAAUACAGUGCAACCUCGAUUAUUUGUACUAGCCGAGAACACGGCAUGAUCAUGCGCUAAACGGUAGUACGCGUUUAUUAGUGCAAAUGUACAUCUCCUGAUGUACUCAAUCACCACUAAUAAACGAAUACAGUACUACUGCAGAUGUCCCCGAAAGUACCUACUACAAAAUCCUUUUUUUUUUUUCUUUUUUGCCAGAGGGCGAAAAGAUCACGCGGGACUGGCUCCCUCGCACGAUUGUUUUAUUGCGUGUAGUGGCGGCGCCAAGGAGCAUUUCGAAACUAUUAUAGGGUCCGGGUUACACGGCUGCUAAAAUAACGACAGAAUGAA